AUGGCCGACUUCGAGGACCAGACGCGGUCCCUGGAGCGCGAGCUCGACGGCCUCUUCGCGUCCGUCUCCGUGUCCCUGGCGCCGUCGGUCGUCGAGGCCCUCGCCGACGAGCAGAUCGACCGGGAGGCGCUGCUGGCGCUGCGGCCCGACGACCUCGUGGAGCUCAACCUCGACGGCGAGACGGAGCGGCGCGUGCUCGAGGCGCAGAGGCUGCUGAGCCGCGAGGCGUCGCUCGAGGCGCUGCUCGACGCCUUCGUCGCCGAGGCCGACGCCGCGCAGGCCGAGCUCGCGGGGCGCGACGAGGCGAUCCGCGCCGCCGUCGAGCGCUGCGUGCGCCGCGAGCGGGCCUUCGGGCCCGAGGCCACCGUCGAGCUCUUCGGCUCCGCGCUCAACGGCCUCCGCGUGGGCUGGUCCGCGGACGUCGACCUCUGCGUCCGGUCGCCGGCGCACGCGCGCGACGCCGACGCCGCGCGGCGCGCGGCCGACGAGGCCGCGGCCCUCGAGGCCGCGUCGGGCGCCGUGGCCAUCGCGCGGCGCGCCCGGGACUGCGCGUCGAAGCUGCGGACCGCGCGCGACGCCGCGGCCCGCGCGGCCGCGCGGCGCCGCGACGCCGAGGCCGCGGGCGACGCCAAGGCCGCGGCGCGCCACGCGGAGCGCGCGGCGCACCACGCGGACCGCGUGCCCGACCUCGAGGCCGACGACGCCGCCGCGCGCGCGGCCGCGACGCCCGCCGUCGACGCGGCGGUGCGGGCGCGGGAACGGGCGGACCGCCUCGCCGACAAGUGCAAGAAGGUCGUCUACCCCCUGUCGAAGGCGCUCCGGGCCGCGGGCGGCUUCGCCGACCUCGAGGUCGUGCGCCACGCGCGCGUGCCCCUCGUCAAGGCCUCCUUCCGGGGCGUCGCCGUCGACGUCGUGCCGGGCAACGAUCUAGCCGUCGUCAACAGCCGCCUGCUCCGGGCCUACUGCGGGCAGCGCGACUGCCGGCGGCUCUGCCUCCUGGCGAAGCGCUGGGCGGGCGCGCGGGGCCUGAACCGGGCGCCCGACGGCUUCCUGAGCUCCUACGCGCACACGCUCACGGUGCUUCACUUUUGCCUCGUCGAGGGCGUCCUCGCCCGCGCGGACAUCGACCGCCGGUUCGGGACGUCCCGACCGAACUUUGAAAUCCUCUCGCUCGGUCGCAUCCGAGUCGAUUCGGCUGAUUUUUGGACGGAUCGAUUGCGCUCGCCGAGCUCUCGAAGCACAGCCGACGAGUCCGGCGCCGUCCGUUCGAUUACGCUCACAUUGAAGUCGGGUUGA